AGGAUGCUGAGACAAAUGCGUGUGCCUGCUGUCCGGCCAGGACUGGACCCCCCGGCCGUGCGCACAGCUGCCUCCUGUGAGGUGGUCUUUAGCAAGUACUGCAACUCCAGCGACAUCAUGGACCUGUUCUGCAUCGCCACUGGCCUGCCUCGGAACACGACCAUCUCCCUCCUGACCACGGACGACGCCAUGGUCUCCAUCGACCCCACCAUGCCCGCCAAUUCAGAACGGACCCCCUACAAAGUGAGACCCGUGGCCAUCAAGCAACUCUCCGAGAAAGAAGAACUGAUCCAGAGCGUGCUGACCCAGGUGGCCGAGCAGUUCUCGAGGGCAUUUAAAAUCAACGAACUGAAAGCUGAAGUUGCAAACCACCUGGCCGUGCUAGAGAAACGGGUCGAACUGGAAGGACUGAAAGUGGUGGAGAUUGAGAAAUGCAAGAGCGACAUUAAAAAGAUGAGGGAGGAGCUGGCAGCCAGAAGCAACAGGACCAGCUGUCCCUGUAAGUACAGUUUCUUGGAUAAUACUAAGAAGCUGACGCCGCGACGCGAUGUCCCCGCAUAUCCCAAGUACCUGCUCUCCCCCGAGACCAUAGAAGCCCUGCGGAAACCCACCUUCGACGUCUGGCUCUGGGAGCCCAACGAGAUGCUCAGCUGCUUAGAGCACAUGUACCACGACCUGGGCCUGGUCAGAGACUUCAGCAUCAACCCUGUCACGCUCAAGAGAUGGCUGCUCUGCGUGCACGACAACUACCGGAACAACCCCUUCCACAACUUCCGGCACUGCUUCUGCGUCGCCCAGAUGAUGUACAGCAUGGUCUGGCUCUGCGGGCUCCAGGAGAAGUUUUCCCAGAUGGAUAUCUUGAUCCUGAUGACAGCGGCCGUCUGCCAUGAUUUGGACCAUCCCGGCUACAACAACACGUACCAGAUCAAUGCCCGCACGGAGCUGGCCGUCCGCUACAAUGACAUCUCGCCCCUGGAGAACCACCACUGUGCCGUGGCCUUCCAGAUCCUCACCCAGCCCGAGUGCAACAUCUUCUCCAAUGUGCAGCCGGACAGCUUCCGGCAGAUCAGACAGGGGAUGAUCACGUUAAUCUUGGCCACAGACAUGGCAAGACACGCAGAGAUUAUGGAUUCUUUCAAGGAAAAAAUGGAGAAUUUUGACUACGGCAAUGAGGAGCACGUGACCCUCCUGAAGAUGGUUCUGAUAAAGUGCUGUGACAUCUCCAACGAGGUCCGCCCGGCAGAGGUGGCCGAGCCCUGGGUGGACUGCUUGCUGGAGGAGUACUUCAUGCAGAGCGACCGCGAGAAGUCAGAGGGCCUGCCUGUCGCCCCGUUCAUGGACCGGGACAAAGUGACCAAAGCCACAGCCCAAAUUGGGUUCAUCAAGUUCGUCCUGAUCCCAAUGUUCGAAACGGUGACCAAGCUCUUCCCUGCAGUCGAGGAGCUCAUGCUGCAGCCCCUGUGGGAAUCCAGAGAUCGCUACGAGGAGCUGAAGCAAAUAGACGACGCCAUGAAGGAGAAGGCUGACAGCCUGACAUCCGGGGGCACCAAGUCGAGAGAGAAAAGCAGAGAUGUGAGAAAGAGUGAAGCAGACUGUGCGUGAAGAAAGCAGAGACCGGCAGGAUGCUGUCUGGACCCGACCAGCUGAGUUUUGCGGGAUCCUCCGUGCAGGGAAGAGUUGGUUCUGAGCACCUGACAUCACAAGAUCACAUUUUCUAAGAACCGUUUUGUUCACUGAUACAGAAAAAAAAAA